AUGAAGAUAGAGAUUAAUAUAUUUGUUUUAAUAAUUCUACAAAUUUCUACUUUAACACAACUUUAUACAUGUUGUAACGUUCUAAAUAAAGACGAUUAUAAAAAUCACUAUUAUGUAGAAGAUAUAACAUAUGAAAGAAUUUCUUCUUCAACGUCACAAAAUAUAAAAAUUAUUAACGAUGCCACAACGGAAUUAUCGCCCACAAUUUUUAAACACUAUUAUGGUCAACUGUCAUAUUUUGAUUCAUCGAAUGAUUUAUCAAAUCAUAAAUUAAAAUCGAUUUUUAUUAAUAAUGCAAAUAACUUACGAAGUUUAGAUUUAUCAUUUAACAAUUUUUCUGAAAUUAAUCAUUUAAAUAUUACUGGUUUACAUGAUUUACUACACUUAGAUUUGUCAAACAAUAAUAUUAAACUAAUACCAAAUAUCUUAUUCACUGGUUUAUAUCAUUUAAAUACAUUAAUUCUAAGCAAUAAUAAAUUAAGUGCUUUCCAACACGGAUGCUUUUCUGAUUUAUCAUUUUUAAAUAUGUUAAAUUUAUCGAAUAAUCAAAUUGAAGUGCUUCCAAAUGGAGUGUUUCAUGGAUUAAAUUCUAUAGAAACAUUAAUAUUAUCAAAUAACAAAUUACGUACUUUUGAAAGUGAAAGCUUUUCUCAAAAUACAGAUAGCUUACAUAGUUUAGAUUUAUCAAAUAACAACUUAACGUCAAUAUUUAUUAAUAAUAUGAAUAGCUUACAAUAUUUAAAUUCAGUCAAUAACAAUUAUCUAACAUCAAUAUCUAUUCAAAAUUCAAAUAGCUUACGAAGCUUAGAUUUAUCAAAUCAUAAAUUAACAUCAAUACAUAUUGAUAACACAGAAAGGCUAGAGCAUUUGGAUUUAUCAAAUCACAAGUUAAAAUCGGUAUUUAUUAAUAAUGCAAAUAGCUUACGAAGCUUAGAUUUAUCAUUUAAUGAUUUAUCUGACAUAAUUCAUGUAAAUAUUACUGGUUUACAUGAUUUACUACACUUAGAUUUGUCAAACAAUAAUAUUAAACAAAUACCAAAUACCGUAUUCACUGGUUUAUAUCAUUUAAAUACAUUAAUUCUAAGCAAUAAUAAAUUAAGUGCUUUCCAACACGGAUGCUUUUCUGAUUUAUCAUUUUUAAAUAUGUUAAAUUUAUCGAAUAAUCAAAUUGAAGUGCUUCCAAAUGGAGUGUUUCAUGGAUUAAAUUCUAUAGAAACAUUAAUAUUAUCAAAUAACAAAUUACGUACUUUUGAAAGUGAAAGCUUUUCUCAAAAUACAGAUAGCUUACAUAGUUUAGAUUUAUCAAAUAACAACUUAACGUCAAUAUUUAUUAAUAAUAUGAAUAGCUUACAAUAUUUAAAUUCAGUCAAUAACAAUUAUCUAACAUCAAUAUCUAUUCAAAAUUCAAAUAGCUUACGAAGCUUAGAUUUAUCAAAUCAUAAAUUAACAUCAAUACAUAUUGAUAACACAGAAAGGCUAGAGCAUUUGGAUUUAUCAAAUCACAAGUUAAAAUCGGUAUUUAUUAAUAAUGCAAAUAGCUUACGAAGCUUAGAUUUAUCAUUUAAUGAUUUAUCUGACAUAAUUCAUGUAAAUAUUACUGGUUUACAUGAUUUACUACACUUAGAUUUGUCAAACAAUAAUAUUAAACAAAUACCAAAUACCGUAUUCACUGGUUUAUAUCAUUUAAAUACAUUAAUUCUAAGCAAUAAUAAAUUAAGUGCUUUCCAACACGGAUGCUUUUCUGAUUUAUCAUUUUUAAAUAUGUUAAAUUUAUCGAAUAAUCAAAUUGAAGUGCUUCCAAAUGGAGUGUUUCAUGGAUUAAAUUCUAUAGAAACAUUAAUAUUAUCAAAUAACAAAUUACGUACUUUUGAAAGUGAAAGCUUUUCUCAAAAUACAGAUAGAUUACAUAGUUUAGAUUUAUCAAAUAACAACUUGACUUCAAUAUUUAUUAAUGAUAUGAAUAAUUUACAAAAUUUAAAUUCAGUAAACAACAAUUUAACAUCGAUAUCUAUUCAAAAUGCAAAUGGCUUACGAAGCUUAGAUUUAUCCAAUCACAAAUUAACAUCAAUACAUAUUGAUAAUACAGAAAGUUUAGAACAUUUAGAUUUAUCAAAUCACAAAUUAACAUCGGUAUUUAUUAAUAAUGCAAAUAACUUACGAAGUUUAGAUUUAUCAUUUAAUGAUUUAUCUGACAUAAUUCAUAUAAAUAUUUCAACUUUAUAUAAUUUACUGCAUCUAGAUUUGUCAAAUAAUCAGAUAAAUGCUCUACCAAUCGGAAUGUUUAUUGGUUUGAAUAACCUUGAAACAUUAAUAUUAUCAAAAAAUAAUUUAUCUUUAUUUGAAUUUGGUAGUUUCGCAGCUUUCUUACGCUGUGAUAAGUUUGAAAAACAAAGAAUAUUUUUCUUUUCUAUCGACAUAUUAUGA